AUGGUGAUGGAAGAAGAACACCCCAUGGACGAACCCACGCCCAAGGUUGUUCUUGAAACCUUGAAGGCUGAGGAAGAGGCCAAGGAGGUUCCCGCUCCUGCUGAAACUGCCCCCGACACUCCAAUGGAUGAAAUGUUGUCUGACAGCAAAUCGGUUCGUUCCGCAGUAUCCAGCAAGAAGGAAUCUCCCGCAACCGAGGAACAAGUUGAAGAAAAGAAGCCAGAAGACAAGCCUGUCGAAUCUGUUGAAACCCCUGAAGUUGAAGAAGAAAAGAAGGAGGAGGAGGGUGCCCCUGCUGUUGCGCCAACUUCUGAAGGUAAGGAUAACAAGGCUGUGAAGGAAGCUGUCGAGGUCGAAAAGGAGGCAGAGGAAGACAAGGAAUCCGCCAAGGACGAAGCUGCUGAAGUCGAGGAUGUCAGCGAAGAAGCCAAGCGCGAAACCAGCAAGCUGAAGAACAUUUUCAAGUCCAUCAAGUCCAUCAAGAAAAAAGUCAAAAAGAUGAAGACCAAGAGAUCAUCCAAGAACAAGGAGGCAUCCCCAGAUGAAGUUCAAGAGCCAGAACCUAAUCCAGCUGAAGACCACGAGUUGGAUGUCCCCAAGCUUGUGGACAAUAAGACUGUGGAAGACAAGCUUGUGGACGACAGUGCCAAUCCAGCUCAAGAGACACCUGAAGAAGAAAAGGAAGAUACAGAUGAUGAAGCCGCUGAAAACGAAGAAAUCAUCAACAGUCUUCGUGGAACCGUCUUGAGUCUCGAUGAAGAAAAUAAGGAGUUGAAGCGCCGUAUUAUGCGCAUGAAGGCUCAACUUAGUGGAGAACCACAACAGCCUUUUGAUGAGCGUGUUACCGACACUCUCGCCACCAAGGAAUUUGAGAAUAUGUCUCCCGACGAAAAGAUCAAGCAAUUGGAUUCUCAAGUCCAAAAGUGGCAAAAGCUUUACUUGGAAUCCAAUGAAAUUGGUGCUUCUCGCAUUGAAAAGUUGGAAGAAGGAUGCGACGAGGUCUCUACCAUGGCCAAAUCCACUUCUGGCAACACCAAUGAUGAUAAGGAAUCCAUGGGUAAUAACGAAGAUCGUAUCUUGAUGCUCGAAUACCAAUUGCGUGAGUCUGUCAAGGUCUUGAAGACGGCCCAAAAGAAAAUGGUGGCCCAACAUGAGAAGGAAUUCCACCUCCAAAAGACUGUUGAUGAUUUGAGUGAGCAAAUCAACGAACUCAAUGGUCAAGUCCAAAAGGCUAACGAUUCUGAAGCCAACAUGAAGGUCCAAUGGGAACAAGAACAAAAGAAUAAGCUGGAAGCCGAAGCCCAAUUGGCCCAAGAAAGACAACGAUUGGAUGACUUCCGCGAGGAUUUGGGCUUGGCGCCACUCUACAAGAAUGAAGCGGCAGUGGUCGAUGAUCAAGUGGAUCAGCAAAUACAGCAAACUAAUAACUCUUCAAUCUUUUGCUGGGGAGGAGGAUCGUCGGCUCAACCCAUUUCGCAAUAA